AUUUCUUAGUCGAAGUGUCCCUGGAAACUUUCGAAUAUCGAAACCGCGUUCGAAACAAGGAGAAUUUAAUGGCGGUCGAAGAGCCCCCACCCUGACCUCGUAUGCAGAGACAGUCAAGGUGUCAACAGGCGAGGCCGAACAGAGUUUAUGCGAUAAUUUUUGUCUGUUCGUAUUUGCACGUUUAUUUCAAUGCUUGUUGUAUCGCACUAGAAUAUUUGAACCCGGCAUCGGCGAUACAUACUCUCGAUAUAACUUGCGUUUGGAGAAUGCAACUAUCCAGAACAUAGCACGGAGCAGAUUUUUCUGACAUAUACAACUCUUUAUAUGAAUCUCUCACAACGUAAUUGCUCAAAAAAACACAUUCCAAUGAACAUGGAUGAUGAGCUUUAUCUUAUCCAGCAACAUUGAGGUAAAUAUACCGUAAUGGGGUGGGUCUCAACCACCACAGUAUGGAUUACAAUAUGGAGUUGCUUCUUGCGGGGCUUACAAUUAGCACCGCAAACAUCUCCAAAACAGGUACCAUGUGAUAAAACACGGAAAGUUUUUACCGACUCUUGGGGAAUUAUCAGUGAUGGACCUUUAGGCUCAAAUUAUACUCAAGACUCUCACUGCGAAUGGCUCAUAAAAGCAAACAACAGUCGUCAAUUUAUUACAUUAAGUUUCCGUACUAUGGGAACGGAAUGCAGUUAUGAUUAUGUUUUCGUUUAUGAUGGAGAUUCAUUUCGAUCUCCUCUUUUAGGAAGUUUCAGUGGAAAAACAGAGCCGCAACAAGUGACAUCAUCAUCUGGUUAUAUGUUAAUAUUAUUAUAUAGUGAUACAAAUUAUGUAUUGGAUGGUUUUCAUGCAGAGUUCUCAGUUACAAAUUGUCCAAAUAAUUGUACAAAUCAUGGAAAGUGUAUUAAUAAUAAAUGUGUCUGUGAAAAUGAUUGGGGUGGGAGAGAUUGUUCCAGAGCACUUUGUCCAAAUAAUUGUAGCUACGGUGGUAAGUGUGAUAUAAAAAGGUGUAAAUGUCAUGAUGGAUAUUCUGGACAGUCUUGCUCAUUACAUAAAACCCAUCCAGAAGGCAACAAAUGGCACUGGCUUUCACAUUCAGAAGGUGGAUUAAGACCACGAGCAGCACAUACAGCAGUAUAUAUAAACGAAUCAGAUUCUCUUUAUGUUUUUGGUGGCUAUGAUCUCAAUGAUAUACUAAGUGAUCUGGAAGUGUAUCAAUUUGGUAAAAGCCAAUGGGAAGAUGCAUAUGGUAAUGUAUUAGAACGUACCUCAUCUGCAGAAUAUUUAGAUCCUAUGCUCAUUGGUACUGAGUUAGAACGAAUGGAUGCAGGUGCAAAAGAAUUAUAUGGUGUUCGUCCAUCAUCCCUCCUGUGGAGGGUACUUUACAGUAUUACAGACAAUAAUACUUUUACUCUACGUAACCAUGGAAACUCAGAAAGUGGACAUGGUUGGUCAGAAUUCAGAAAUAAUCCAGAACAUAAAGCACAUGAACGAAAAAUUCAAGAAGCCAGGGACGGUGAAGUGAGUAAAAGUACAAUUAGAAUAGAAAGAAAUGACGAUUUACGAAGGAAACACUCUAGGCAUCCAAAACCUCGAUAUGCACAAACUACAAGACAUCGUAGAAAUCUUGAAGACUUUGAUCUUUAUCGAGAACUUCACGCACCGAAUAUAAAGAGUGAUAUAUUAAAUUGGGAAGAGCAAAGCGUUGAAGACCCUGUUCAGGGAAAUAUUUUUAUUGAAGAGCCUAAAUCAUCAACUGAUGAAUCAUUUAAAGAUGAAUCUACGAAGUCACCUAUUGACGAAUUGCCUAAACCAAGCCCACGUUACGGUCACGCUGCUUGUAGAUAUGAUGGCGGUUUUGUUAUAUAUGGAGGAAAGGUGCAAGACGGUUCUUUGUCAAACGAAUUGUGGCAUUAUAAUGUCAAGACACAUAUUUGGACGUUACGAGCUAAAAAUUCUCCAUUCUAUCCACCGCAAUUAACAAGACAUACACUUACCUUAGCAAAUGAUCAUAUUUAUCUUUUCGGUGGUAGUACAGUUGAUGGUGAAUUUUCAUCGAGUUUGUAUACAAUUAAAUUAAAUUUAUCUGAUCCUACUGCAACUACAGAAAGGUGGAAAGAAGUACAUCCUCGUGGGGGUAAAGAACUAGAUGUACGUGUAGUUGCUCAUUCAACUGUCUACCAUCGCGCUACUAACUCUCUAUUAGUUUAUGGAGGAGUAGUAGCUAGUGUGGCGCGGUUUAGUAAACUAUCCGAUAGAAUGUUUGUAUUUCAACUUGAUAGAAAAGUUUGGUCUGAAAUUCACUAUCCAAGAGCACAUUUAAGGGAUACUUAUGUUCCUAGAGAGCGGGCAUUUCACACUUGCAAUAUUAUAGGAAAUUAUUUAGUUGUAUUUGGCGGAUACUCUCAUAGACAUAAUAAGGAAGAAAUUUGUUAUGAUAACCAGAUGUAUCUGUAUCACUUAGGCUGUCACGCCUGGGUAAGUCACGACGUAUUAGGUUUAAAUGACAAAGAUUCGCGUUAUCCAAAACAACAGGGAGUAUUUGCGCACGCGGCAGACGUGCGCAAUGGAAACACCUUGUUGUUAGUGGGUGGUUAUCAUGGAAAUGUAAAUGCAGAUUUGCUUGCUUAUACAUUACCACCAAUGCUUGCGCCAGGAGACGAAGAUUACACAGAACCUGAACAAAUAUGUUCAAGGCAUAAAAGUCUAAUGGAAUGUUCAGCCAAUCCAGAAUGCGGCUGGUGUUCAGCAGAUGAGAUAUGCUAUGGCAGAACAAUUGGAAGUAACUGCACGACUAAUCUUCAAACAACUCGUUGCCCAGGUGUUUGUCCUGCACUUGGAGAUUGCCAUUCUUGUUUAAUACAUGGCCAACCCGGUGGCGGAUGGGGUACAACUGCUCGUGGAAAAAAAUCAAUUUCUAAUAAGUUAAAUUUGGGAACUUGUACGUGGUGUGUUCAGAAUGCUCGAUGCCACCAUAAAGAUGAUAACUAUGGUGUUUGUGGUCUACGAGAUGAUACACUGUCUCAGAUACCUGGCUGGUGGGGUCCUAAAGGCACUGAAAUUAUAAAAGUAGAGGAAUGUCGUGAAAUGGAUAAAAGGCCAGGAUUAACAUUCUUGAAGUACAAACCUCCAGUGAACUUUAGUCAACCCGACUCGGUAACAAUAGUCAAUGCUACAACAGUUGAUUUUAAUGUUCCGUCUAUGCAAGGGGCAAAAACCGAGUCUGCCCUUGGUGGAGAAAUGAUAGCUAGAUUAAUUGGAUUUCUAAGACCUCCACAAUAUGUUUGGGAUAGUACAGUAGAGCACUUAAAAAUUUGUGUCAGUUAUAACAGUGCAACACUUCAUGUUUCACGGAGCAGUGAUCCUCAAGAAUUGGAAUCAGUUGCAAAUUUAACCGCCGAGACAUCGCAGUGUAUACCAACAAAAUGGCCAGAUGGACAUCAGAUGAUGUUGCUGCCAGGUCGAUAUUUAUUAGAUUUUGAGUCAAAGAGAAUGGUUACUACCAGUUAUGCUUAUGCGAGUAAAAUGGAAAUCACUCAUAACAAGAAAACUGAAAAUCCAAAAGUGUUCACAUUUGAAUAUCUGGAACCAUAUCAAAAUGGAUCUUGCCACCAAUAUAAAAACUGUCUUCACUGCUUAACCGACUCGUCGUGCGGUUGGUGUGAUAUUAUUAAUAAAUGCCUUUCACGUUCUAUCAACGAAACAGAAAGUUGUAUAGCCGACAUGGAAUGGGAUGAGGAUGGCAAUCCGAUUCGUGAAUGGCAUUAUCUGACAAUCACACCUUCAGCUUGUGCUAAUUGUUCUAAUUACAUUUCUUGUGAAUCUUGUGUUGGUAGUAAUUUAUGUGAAUGGUGGACGGAGGAGGCGCGGUGUGCAAGAAUAGGGAGACUGCCUAAUGCUGUUGUUAGUCUCGACCAGUGCCCCAUUCCUUGCAGACAACGUUCAAACUGUACGCAAUGCUUAGAUGAGCGUGGAAGGUGUGUCUGGUGUGAGGCCACGCAGGAAUGCUUUUCUUUUUCAGUAUACACAUCUGAAUACCAGUUUGGUCUCUGUCGGGAAUGGAUGGAUCAAGCCGGGCUUAUGGGAGUAACUUCAAGAUCUGGAUCAUCCUUAACUGGCAAUGAUCAAUGCAAAAGUUGCAGUUGGCACACGAACUGUUCUAAUUGCCUGCACUCGUUAAGUUGCGGUUGGUGUUAUAGUCUGGAAAAUCCAAUUUUGGGAGCAUGCGUACAAGGAGACUUCAAUCAACCACAUGUUAAUUGUAGUUUAGUCAUUAAUGAUUAUCAAAACACUACGUUAGAGGCCAAUGAAUCAGGCUGGGCAUACGCUCAAUGUCCAGAUGUCGAUGAAUGUGAUUUGGGUUUGCAUGAUUGUCAUCCGGAUGCAUUAUGUACUAACACUCACGGCAGUUUCAGUUGUCAGUGUAAAAGAGGUUUCAAUGGAGAUGGCAAAGAAAACUGUACAAAGACAUGCUACGAGAAAUGUGUUAACGGUUAUUGCAGUGAAGCACCUGAUUACAAAUGCGAAUGUUAUCUUGGUUGGACAGGACCAGAUUGUAGAACAAAUUGUGGUUGUUACAAUCAUUCUACUUGCGUGCAAGGGCCAGGCAUCUGUGAUGAAUGUCAAGAUUGGACCACAGGUAGAUAUUGCGAAGAAUGUAAAGCAGGCAGUUAUGGUAAUGCUACAACAUCACUUGGAUGCAAAAAAUGUAAUUGCAAUGAACACGGAGAUAACGAUCUAGACAUCUGCGACCGACAAACUGGUGUCUGUUUUUGUCGUGAUAAUACACAGGGAGAUAUGUGUCAGCGUUGUAAGAAAGGAUAUUAUGGUGAUCCAAGAGGUGGUGGAAUGUGUUAUUAUGGUUGUAUAUCGCGAGGUAUGUUAGGAGGUGAAGGAAAUGGCAAACAAGGUCUUGGCAGCAGGCACUCGCAAUUGUCUUUAUGGGAAAGUCAUUUCGGAGAAUCACCGACAAGAGAAUGUCUCUGGAUAGUCAGUCCGAAAACAGAUCUUUCAUCAGACACAAUGCUUUCAGAAACACAGAGUGUAAUACAAUUUACUAUACACGAUGAUAUUAAUGUUAGCUGUCAAGAGAAUAGCGUUUAUGUAUACGAUGGACUACCCGAGUUUGUUUCGUCAACUACUAGUCAUCAAAGUCAGCUCUUAGGUGUUUAUUGUACGGAAAGCACAGAUUAUCCGGUAACUGUAGAAGCUAAGUCUGGAUUUCUUACUGUACAUUACAAACAGCUGGAUGAAGUCGAAGGUUUCAAUGCAAGUUACAUAAUAAUGACAUGCAAUAAUUGUCCUGGGAAUCGGGAAUGUCGGAACGGAAAUUGUUUAUGUAAAGUCGGUUUUGUAGGAAUUAAUUGUGACAUUGAAAUAUGUCCAAAUAAUUGUACGUCAUCUAAAAAGCAAGGAGUUUGUGAUAAGGGUUACGGUCGCUGCGUUUGUACACCUGGGUAUGGAGGACGCGAUUGCUCAAUUAAAAUCAAAGAUCAUCAACUAAUCUUUACCGAAUUGUUCAACUCGGAGUAUUUAGCAGACCAUUUAGAUCAUCUGCGGAAGACUCUACCAAGAUUUGGUCAUACAUUGGUCGCGGACAGACGAGGUAGUCUAUGGAUGUUUGGAGGAUAUUCCCUUAGCCAUGGUCCAUUGAAUGACAUUAGACUUUUUGAUACUAAAAAUAACACUUGGAUGCCCAUUACUGUGGAAUCUACUUCAGAAGCUUCUAUGCCUCAAGGUAGAUACUUUCAUGCGACAGAAAUAGUCCACAGUAGACAACAGAUAUACGUUUAUGGUGGAUUGUCAAUGAAAGAAGAAGACGUUCAAGGAUUAUCUAAUAAUACGCUGAGCGAUUUUUGGAAAUUCAGUUUGCAAAAUCAGAGAUGGAUGCAAAUUAUGCAGGAUGAAUCGAAAAGAGAACCACCACCUUUAGCUGGGCAUACAUUAACUUUACGCAGGAAUGGAGAAACAGAGAGCUUGAUAUUAAUUGGAGGAUUUAGCCCUAAGUAUGGUUACUUAGAUACAGUAUGGGAAUUCAAUUUAGAAUCAGAAACAUGGGACACGAUAAAUACGGUUGGUAAUGGACCAUUGGGAGUUUACGGCCACUCUACAGUAUAUCACAGCCAAUCAGACAGUUUUUAUAUCUUUGGUGGAUAUACAUAUGCAAUAAACCGAACAUUUAUCUCAAAUAAAUUAUAUGCAUUAAAUUAUGUAACUCUCACGUGGUCUGUACUUCCACCAUUUGAUGAUGAUCUUACUGAUGGAAAUAGCUUGCCCCAAGCUAGAUUUCUUCACUCUGCAGUCACUACUGAUGAGUACAUGGUUAUAUUUGGUGGACGGCAAAAUCCUCACAAUACUUCUGACUCAUUGAUUGCAUAUAAAUACUCGUGUAAUUUAUGGAUUCGUUUAAUAACAAAAGACAUGGAAGUUAUUGGAAGCCCUCCACCACCAGCAUAUGCUCAUGCAAUGACCCAUGCAGAUCCGGAAUCAAAUGCUGUAUACGUUGUUGGUGGUUUUGAUGGGGGAAUCAAAAGUCAUGUUACCCUUAUAAAUAUACCUGAGGAUUUAUGCAAUCUUUGGACCGAUAAACUAACUUGCAGAAAGUACUUUGGAUGCUCCUUUUGUUCUGUUACUACAUUUAGUGGAAAUAAUGCUUCAUUCUGUUUUUCCAAUGAAGAAUCUGAUAGUAAGAAUAAAAGAUGCAGUAACGUUAGUCAAGCUCAGGUAUCAAAUGGAGUCGUUUGUGACGAAAACUGGAUGGCAACCAGAAAGUGUCAAAACUUUAAAACUUGCACAGAGUGUUUAGCAGAAUGGCCAUAUUAUAAAGGCGAGGCAUCGAUAUGUAAAUGGUGUACAAAUUGUACAAUUGGCAUACACGGAAAGUGCAUACCAUACGAAAAAGAUUGCGAUGAAUUAUAUAAGUGUGAUGCCAAGGAAACAUCAGUGGUAGAUGUAAAUCAAUGCCACGAACGACAGUGUCCUGCAAGUGAUUGUGAAAAAUGUAACAGUCUAGAAGAUUGUGCAUGGACAAGGCAGGUUCUGAAGACUUCUGGAUUAGGAGUUGCAGUAACUCAUGAACCUGUAUAUGAUUGGAAUUGUGUAUCAGAUGACGUUUUUGAAAGAUCCAGUAUUAAAAUGGGAAGCACACAGUGUGAAAAACGUUGCGCUGAUCAUAAGGAUUGUAAGGAAUGUCUAAAGGGUACAGGAGCUGAGGGAGGGUGGCGGGAAUGUAGAUGGUCAACACAACUGAAUGAAUGCAUCUCUCCAUCGUAUCAACCUCUUUAUUGUGCUGGUGGUGUGUGCGGUCUAGUACUGCGUAAUUCUGAUAUUGAUCAUUGUCCUGAACCAUGCUCAGUUUUCAAGCAAUGCAGCACUUGCCUAAAACACUCACAUUGUGGAUGGUGCUCUUUAGAUUCAGCUAAUAUAACUGGUCAAGGAAUAUGUACAGAGGGUUCUCUGGAAGCACCUGCAGAUCAUCCAGCCGGUGGUACAUGCGAAAUGCUUUAUUAUCAACAAUUUCCUCAAACAGAACCACCACUCAUAACUACAUUAUUUCCACAUUAUGCAGAAAUACUUGAAAAUCCAGACAAUGUAACAAUGUUAAUUCCAAGCGUAACAUCGAAACCAUCAUUCUCAUGGCAUUAUGUACGAUGUCCUCCAGAAAACGAAUGUACUAAUGGUCAUCACACAUGCUCACCAAAAAGUGAAAAAUGCUUUGAUUUGGAAGAAGGAUUUGAAUGCAUGUGCGGUGAUGGAUACAAAACUGAAACUCCAGCGUCAUUUAACGAAUUUGGAAGAAAAAUUUGUGUACCUAUGUGUACGCAAGGAUGCGUCCGAGGAACAUGUGUAGAACCAAAUGUUUGUCGCUGUGAUUUCGGUUACGUAGGUGCCAAUUGUUCGAUUCAGUGCCAGUGUAACGGUCACAGUAAUUGUGCCGGUCCAGAUAAAUUAGAUGUCUGUUUAGAGUGCCAUAAUAAUACAAUGGGGCCACAGUGCGAUAAAUGUUUACCUUUAUUUGUUGGAAAUCCAGCAGAUAAUGGACAAUGUGUACCAUGUCUGGAAUACUGUAAUGGGCAUACUCGAAUUUGUAUUAACGAGAGCAUGACUGUACCGGAUCCAAAUUCCAUAAAUAAAAUGUCCUUGGAAUUAUUAAAGAAGCAAUUAGUCGAAGGCCCUGUAUCUAAGGCAAAGUGCGUAAAUUGUGGAAAUAAUACAAAGGGUGAUAAAUGCGGUGAAUGCAUGACGGGCUACUUUCGAGGAACAGAAGAUCUUCACGAUGUCUGUCGACCUUGUGAAUGUCACGGUCACGGAUUCACUUGCGACCCCGUAACAGGAGAGAAAUGCAAUUGCGGCAACAACACCGAAAGUAAUUCAUCAUGUACUAGUGGUCCUAUAAAGGGUACGAACACUGGUGGGGCACCACCCUGUUGGAUGGUGCAAUGCAGUAAAUGCAAAGAAAAUUAUGCCGGCAAUCCAACAAUGGGUCAUCAAUGUUACAAAACAGUAACAGUUGAUAACAAAAUGUGUUUCGACUCCAAAUUAAUAGGAUCCUAUGAUGAGUGCAAAAUGAAACCGAAACCGUUAAAUCCCGGGCAGACAGUGUUCUACAUGGUGCAACCCCGUUUCAUGAACGUUGACAUCAGAGUUAUGGUGGACGUAACUCAAGGAGGUUUAGAUCUAUUUUUUAGUCCCCGUGACGAUUCCUUUGUCGUUAAUCUAAAUACAACAACUGGAUAUCAGGAUGUUGAAUUGGACAGCAGAUUUGUAUGGCGCAAGGAUCCAGGGAACACGUGGUUCGACAAACAUACACAUAGCAUAAUGAGAGUCGUCGAAUACCAUUCGCAUAGUAUGUACUCAUACGGUUCGAAUAGCACUACUCCAGAACCAAAUUGGAAUACCGGUCCGCAGUACAUCGUAAUGGAAUGCUACGCCAAAAGUCUCGCUACUUUCCUAACAAUUGCGCAAAGGAACACAAUCCUGGUCGUGAGAAAUCUUACUAAUCGAUUAGUAUUAACUCUACCGCAGGACAAGCACGAACUCCAUCAAACGAAAUUCCACAUCGCUCUCAGAGCAAUCGAUCCUGUACAUCCGGAAAUAAGCGGUCGAGCUGCCUACGGAAUGAUCUUUUUCCGACAGGAUCAACUACACAUCGACUUAUUCGUAUUCUUUUCUGUGUUUUUCUCGUGUUUCUUUUUGUUCUUGGCCGCUUGUGUGGUUGCCUGGAAAGCGAAACAGGCAGCCGACGUUCGGCGAGCACGAAGGAGACACGUUGUCGAAAUGUUACACAUGGCCAAAAGACCAUUCGCGUCGGCUACCAUUAUUUAUGACCGUGAUGGUAAUGACUGCAGUCCAAGUUCACCACAGCGAAAAAGUAAACGCAAUAAGUUAGGUAGCUUUCAUAAUGACGUGAGACCUGUCGCAGUUGAACCAACUGAUGAUGGCGUUGCGGCCGUAGCCACUGUAUUUAUCAGAUUACCGGGUGGUCGACAGGCGCCUGUUAAACUCGCUCUUGGCAGUUCAUUGAUACUAUUGACCAGAGUUUAUCCGGUGAAUAGCAGGGUGUUCCUAAGACGUAGAAACAGUCACGCGUUGAACUGAGCUUCUUUCAGUAGGGAUUUCUUUCCACUAUCCUCGAGCCUACUUGGGCAGAAGAGCGUAGGCAGUUAUCUUUAUUCUUUACCCUUGCGAAUCGGUUUCACCGAUCUCAUCCCUCGCUGUAAUUAUUCGGCCAUUCAUGACGCAUGAUCAUUAUGCGAAUCGGAAGGUUGUCGUUUCCGGAUUCGAGUACCAUGACAUUCAAAUUCGUGUAAAUUACGCGUUUAACAACGUAAAUGUCACGUUUCUUUUAACAAGAUUUAUUAUAUGUUCUGCCAUUGUCGAUAUUGUUCAAUAUUCGCCAGUAAUGUGUACUUUUAGUUUAACAUUGUAUUAUAGUCGCAAAAAAGGAAAACAACUGUAAGGGUAUUUAAGCUAAGUGAUAAUAUAUAAUAUAUAUUGUCAUACCAUUCCAUGACGAGACUGUAUGUUUGUAUAUAAGAAUCUGUAAUUAUGUAUUUGUAAUUUACACAUUUUUGUAGAAGCAUUUUAUGUGAGCCGGACAUGGUUUUGUGUCUUGGAACGUUUCGUGGCCAUUUUCCAUGGAAAGUGGAUAAUUUUAUUGAGUUGUUUUACGAAAAGAGGUUUCUCCAGGAAGAUGGGAAAAUAGAAGAGGUGGAUACGAGUAUCGCUCGCAUUAUCAGAUUUAUAUAUCAGUAGAAAUUUUAAACGGAAAUCAAAAUUUUUUAAUGAAACAAAAAUUCUCAAUUACGGUCGAACGAAGGAUGGCAGGUGAAGUUCAUUGUCGCAAAUGUAAAUAUUGAAGUGUCAGCUGUGGAACAAAUUAUAAAGCUUGAUGUGAUAGUAUUCCAGCUAAAUACCAACAGUAAUUAUUCUCUGUGUAAAGAAAAAUGCAAUAAUAAUCAGCCGAUUUCUCAACUUGUCGGCGAACAGAAUCAUUUUAGAACACGCGUGCACGUAAACAUGUACGUAUGUUGAUUCGAGGUAUCGUAGAUGCUGCCAUGAGGAUCGAAUUGUAUUUGCAUAAUUUAAACAAACAGUAUUAGUAUCGUUGAUUAGAAAGAAGCUCGAUGAUGCGCGAGUCGGAAAGGUUCCUAUGCCAAAAACUGAUGAGGAAUAACGAGCGAAGUAGCAUAAUAAUAUUAUUAUUUAUGGCAAAGAACACGAGCAACAGAUAUUAUAAAUGAAAGAAAAAUUGUAAAUACGCGAGGUGCACAUGUGCAAACGUUUAUUGACACUGAACAUAUAUUGAUUGUAAAGUAUUAUUUACCAUCAUUGAUAUUGGAACGAGCCCGUUGGAAACGGAAAGAGAAACGCAUCUUUUAAUGAAGAUGUCGACUCAAUGUCAUGUAUUAAUCAAAAAUAUAGAAACAAUAGGGUGUUGAUGUAAUGAUAUUAAUAUGUAUUAUUAAGACGAAUACAAGCAAAGUAAUCGGUACAGUGAGUGAUGUAGUGACAUAGCUGUAAAUACAAAGGAGUGGUUUUUGCUAAACUGUUAUGCGGUACUAAACAGGUUUAAUAUAUUCUGUACAGAAUGUUUUCUGAGGUAAUUGUUACACAGUUUGAAUAUUUUCCACUGUAUUUUUAUGAAGCUUAUUAGAUAAUUCAACCAGGAAAGAAGAUUAUAUACAUCUUCUGUAAACUGCUUUGUUUUUCGUGCAAUGUAAUAUUAAUGUAGAGUGAUUAUUUGAACGAAACUUUGGUAUAUUUAAUUUUAUCGAAUUUUAUGAAUACAGUGAAAAAUGCUUGAACCGUUUUUGGAAGCAUUCUACGUAUGCCGUCUACAAACUGGAAGAAUGCAAUGUCGUUCCUCGACUAGGAACUAUUAAUACAUUCAGCAAUUGUUAAGUGUGCAUAUGACAAUGCAGCACGUCUUUAUCCAUUUUGUUCCCAUGAAGCUCAUUAUUGCGCAUCUCAUCAAAGGAUAAUUUUAUUAUCUCUAGAAUCUUGUCUCGAAUCGUCUCUCUCUCUAGCAUAGCUUUUACAUGAUCAUUGCGGUUCACGGUUACAUGUUCGUUUAUCUUCACGCGACUAACUAUCCUAACUAUUCAUUCAUGAUGUUAGCGCGACAGUCUUUAAAACAUGUCUCUAAACACUAAGGAUACAACAAAACUAACGUAUAUGUACAUUUCUAAUAGAUUUACAUGAAUAGAGAUAUAUAUUAUAUAUAUAUACAUAUUAUGUAUACACGAUGAAUGUAUAAUUUCUCGGUUGUACAGAUCUGAGCGUUAUCUCCAAAAUGUUCUAUUUUAUAUAUAAUUAUUACAUUGCAUUCAAUGUAAGCGAUAUCUUCCAAUGCCGGCAUUGUAUCGCGUUGAGAAAUGUUUGUAACACUUCUGAGACACGGUCGUUUGUAAAGUGUAAAAGAUAAUGGUUGUGAGGUCCGUUGGUGUCGGCAUCCCGGGUAGGGUUCGCCAGCUUCAUGGAUUUAUUUCUACUGUGGAAAGGAAAAAGUACGAGGUUGUGCUAACGAGAAUUAAUGAAUUGUAUCGAGGAAGCUUUAAUAAACGUGUGUAAAAUUGGA